AAUCUUGUUUUUUUUUAUUUAUUAGGGAAUGGCAUCAUUUCCUUGUAGUUAAUAUGAAAGGAAAUGAUAUUAAAAGUGGAGAGAUUCUUUCUGACUAUGUUGGCUCUGGUCCUCCCCAAGGAACAGGUCUUCACCGCUAUGUCUGGCUGGUUUAUGAACAAUCUAAAGCUUUACAAUGUGAUGAACCACGAUUGACCAACCGGUCUGGCGAUAAGCGCGGGAAUUUUAAAACUGCCGCUUUCCGUAAGAAGUACAGUUUGGGUUCGCCAGUGGCUGGCACCUGUUAUCAAGCUGAAUGGGAUGAUUAUGUGCCAAAACUUUAUGAGCAGUUAGCUGGAAAGUAAAAAAAUUGCAAGUUUCUGAACAGUAUUGCAAUUUUAACAAAUGUGCACAUCCUUGUGACUAAUGUCAAUAGUACUGUUGUGUUCACAGUUCCUGUCAUGGCAACCACCUUGCUUUUGACUCUAAAAUAAAACAUGAGUGGAUGAUAA